AUGAAAACAGAAGACUCCGCCUCACGGCCGCUGGCCACAACCCUCUCCAUCCCCGCCAUCACAGCCCCUUCUUCCUCUUCCACCCAGUCGCAAACACCAUCAAGAUCAAAAUGGAACACCGACAGACUCGCCUCGCGCCUCGCAGCAGAUGCCGCCAGCGCCUCCUGCGCCGGCGCCCUCGUCGCCCCCAUCAUCACAAUCAUUGACCGCUCCAUCAUGGAAAACGCCUCCGGCCGCGCCCCCCUCAAACUCUCCCUCCUCACCUCCCUCCGCACCCUCCUCCUCCACCCCCGAUCCCUCCUCCUCUCCCGCCCGACCGCCCUCGUCUUCGCCCUCUACGCAGGGACAUACCUCACCGCCAACGCCAUCGACACCCUUUCCUCCACACUCUCCAACCUCCCAGCCUCCCACACAACCUCCGGCCCCGCCAAGUUCGCCGCCUCGUCCGCCGCAAACGUCGGCCUAUGCGUCUACAAGGACCAAGUCUUCGUGCGCCUCUUCGCGCCCCCCGGCGCAGCAGCAGCUGCGACGACGACAAGGCCCGUCUCGCUGCCAAGCUACAUCCUCUUCACCGCGCGCGACUGCCUCACCAUCUUCGCCUCCUUCAACCUCCCGCCCCUGCUCGCGCCCCGCAUCGACGCCCGCUUAUCAGACUCUUUCCGGCGCUCCGUCUCCGGCCUCACGGCGGCGCAGUUCCUCGCCCCGGCCGCCGUCCAGCUCGUCUCCACGCCGAUCCACCUCCUCGGGCUCGACCUGUACAACCGCCCCGAGCGCACGACGACGUGGCGCCAGCGCUGGCGCCUCGUGAGGGCCAACUGGCUCGUCAGCACGGCCGCGCGCAUGGCGCGCAUCGUGCCCGCCUUUGGCGUCGGCGGCGUGGUCAAUAUGAAGACGAGGAGGCUUCUUAUGGAAGGGGUUGCGGGAUGA